GACGCGUUUCCAGUGCCUCAGUGCGUCUCGCGCUCUCUCUUUGCUCCAUGAACACAGCGCGCGGCGCAGCUCCAAACUACAGAGCGCGAGAACUGGCAGCAAAGAGAGAGACCUCGGGGAGGGAGGGAGCGUGCUGGUGUAUGUAGAUGAGAAGAGAGCAAGAGAGACGAAGAGAGAGAGAGAGGUUGGGAAAAGACUAGCACCUCUAUCCAUCAGCCGCGAGCAUCCUGCGGGAAGUCACUUCCAGCGCGCGAGCGUUCAGUGCGGCAUUUCUGUCCGUCCGAGCAAAUGGAUCAUUAAACAGAGCGGGAUGUAAUAGAGGACUACAAAUCAGCUAUUAUUUCUUUACGCUUGCGCUAAUUACGCUGGUUAUUUUAUUUUUAAUAAGGUUCAUUUGUCACUUGUGUUCUUGCUUUGUCAGUUUCGCUCAUUAAUGCGCGGAUAUCGGCAAACACUUUCAAAGUGAUAUAGGGGAAAAUGUCGAAAAUGUAGCUGUUGAAUUAAAAGUUGAAUGAUUUUUCAUGGAUGGGGUCUAACCUAAUGUCAAGCUGGUUGUGAACGUGUUUGAUCUGGUCCCCUCGACCCCAGACGGAGUCCCCAUGGCUGCUGGAGUGGCAGCCUGGCUCCCCUUUGCUCGGGCGGCGGCCAUAGGAUGGAUGCCUGUAGCCAACCUGCCCAUGCCUGUUGCACCAACUAAUAAGAACAAGCGACAGGAUGAACUUAUUGUCCUUAACGUCAGUGGCAGACGCUUCCAGACCUGGCGAAACACUCUAGAUCGCUACCCAGAUACGCUUUUAGGGAGCUCAGAAAAAGAGUUUUUCUUCAACGAGGAGACUAAGGAAUAUUUCUUUGACCGAGAUCCAGAUGUGUUCAGAAGUAUUCUCAACUUUUACCGUACAGGGAAGCUGCACUUCCCGCGCUACGAGUGCAUCUCUGCCUACGACGAGGAGCUGGCAUUUUUCGGAAUCAUUCCUGAGAUCAUCAACGACUGCUGUUACGAAGAGUACAAGGACCGCAAGAGGGAGAACUUGGAACGUCUCAUGGAUGACCUUGAGGACAACAAAGACAAAAAACCUCCUAACAUGACUUUCCGUGAGACCAUGUGGAGGGCCUUCGAGAACCCGCACACUAGCACCAUGGCCCUGGUUUUCUACUACGUUACCGGGUUCUUCAUUGCCAUAUCUGUCAUCACCAACGUGGUCGAGACAGUUCCAUGUGGUUCCAUGCCGAAUCAAAGAGAAAUUCCCUGUGGGGAACGCUACACAGAGGCGUUUUUCUGCAUGGACACAGCGUGCGUAAUGAUCUUUACAGUGGAGUAUCUGAUGAGACUGUUCGCAGCGCCCAGCAGGUAUCGGUUCAUGAGAAGCGUAAUGAGCAUUAUAGACGUGGUGGCAAUCCUGCCGUAUUACAUCGGGCUGGUCAUGACCAACAACGAGGACGUGAGCGGAGCUUUCGUUACGCUUCGAGUCUUUCGCGUCUUCAGGAUCUUUAAAUUCUCCCGGCACUCCCAGGGUCUCCGAAUCCUUGGCUACACGCUGAAAAGCUGCGCGUCCGAGCUUGGCUUCCUCCUCUUCUCCCUCACCAUGGCCAUCAUCAUCUUUGCCACCGUAAUGUUCUACGCUGAGAAAGGCUCCUCGUCCAGCAAGUUCACCAGCAUUCCAGCCUCCUUCUGGUACACCAUUGUAACCAUGACGACACUGGGGUAUGGAGACAUGGUCCCUAAGACCAUCGCAGGAAAGGUAUUUGGCUCCAUCUGUUCUCUCAGUGGGGUGCUGGUCAUCGCUCUGCCUGUUCCAGUAAUCGUUUCAAACUUCAGUCGCAUUUACCAUCAGAACCAGAGAGCUGACAAGCGCCGGGCUCAAAAAGUUCAGAAAGCCCGACUGGCCCGAAUGAGAAUUUCCAAGACUGGCACUUCUAGCGCCUUCCUGCAUAGCAAGCGAAAUGGACUCAACCAGUCAUUGGAGCUAACGCAGAUCCCCUAUUACAAGAUGAAACUUUCACCACAGGACUCCAUGGAAGGAGACCAACAGCUGAAAAAACCCACAUCUGUGUUGGAGAGUCAACAUCAUCAUCUUCUUCACUGCCUGGAGAAGACCACGAAUCAUGAGUUUGUGGAUGAGAGGCUAUAUGAACAGGGCUAUCUGCAGACAGCACUACAAAACUUCCCGUCGCAGAGCCCAUCUCUGUCCAGUGAAGAGGGCGUCACGGGCACCUGCUGCUCUCGAAGAAACAAGAAAAACCACCAGGCUCUCAACGCCACGCAUUCACACACACACAACCUGCAGGAGCUCAGCGCAUUGCAUAUCCAGUGUGGGGAACAGCAAAGGUUCAACACCAGUCGUUCCAGUCUAAAUCUGAUGUCAGAUGAAUCGGGGAGCAUGAACUGCAAAAGCAGUGGACUGGUUACCACGGCAAUCAUCAGUAUCCCCACCCCUCCCUCAAACAACUCUCGAGCCAGUCCGGAUGCCCCGCUCCCUCCGACCCCCGAAGCCCCGCCUUUUCUGAAUCCCAGCACUGAUGUGGUGAAAAUCUCGGCGCUCUGAAGGAAAACGGACCUCAGGAAAAGAAACUGAUGAGUAGCCUGCCCCUUAGUGGGAGACGGAGAGUACUGACUCAAACUUCCUGCGAGAAAUAGGAAAGAUGAAAAGGAUGCGUGUGUAAAAGAAAGAGAGAGCAGGACAACCAUGAGUAUUCGAUCCACCUCCAUCAGGACUGAUAAGAUGAGGGUGUCACUGUGCAUAAAACAUUUUUCCUUUUCCUAUAACGUUUUUCUGUUGUGUCAUGCAUUCUUUUUUUAUCUGCAAAGAUUCAUAUUUUAACUAGAGAUGAAGGGAAGAAGUCUUGUAAACAUCUUGUGACUCUUGUUUAUUAUUUGUCUAUUAAUCACAGACAGCCUCUCAAAGCCUCGGCUUUCUUUAUCCCAGAUAUGUUUGAUUUUGAUCUAUACUAAAUCUUAAAGGUUAAGCGAUAAAAUCAUCAGAGUCUAAGGGUGAAUGUAUGAGUGCGACAGUGUUUCUUAGACUAGUUUUUAUUUUUGGAUUUAGGCAUAACUUGAAUGUUUCUACCCCGUGUGCGUACGUGUGCGUUACUGAAUUUUCCCUCAAACUCUGAGCUUAUUACACAGUUUGUGCCUCUCAGGGGGAGGAGACUUCCCCUCUUCUUUAAGCCACUGUCAACCCCUGAGCCCAAAAUGCUGAGUCGACUUUGUAACGUCAGACCUGUCACGCAUCACUUUGUAAUAUAGAACCAAAAAACGAGAGAAACAUGAAAGUGUUUUUGAAAACUCUGUGACUACAAGCACAAGGCAUCGCUGAGAUUUUGUGAUUAUGAUGUGUACCGAGCCUUGGUUUAACUGUGAAUAUUGUUGAUAGAAUAUUUUGUAAUAUUUUGGCAAAACCAGAGCAACUGCCUACCCCGCCCCUUUUACGUCUUCCCGCCCCUUUGUGUCUGCCCCGCCCCUUUCCUCUGUCCACUGCUGGCCUGCUUCUUGUAGUUGUUCUGAUCUAAGUGUUAUCGUCAUUAUGGCUCAAUGGGUAUUAAACGUGUCUAGUUUGCGUAAACCUUACAUGGGUAGGAAAAAUUUUGAUGUUUGUGUUUUUCAUCAGCAGUGAAUGUUUUCCUUCAUUCUAGAAUUUCAGUGAUUUAUUGCCGUUAGAGAAGAUACUAACAACUGUACCAACCAUACAGAGCUAUUCUCCACUGAGUUAUAAACUCCCUCCAUUUCUGUAUGUGUCUUUGUCGCCCAUGUUCAAGAAAAAUAAUGCCAAUUAGAGAGUUCAAAUUUGUGGAUGUAUUGAAUGUCUCUGUUGUUUAGUAUGUGUUGUUUACAAUUUGAGAAUUGUGUUCACAGAUACAAACUUGAGAAUUGCCAGCAAUCAACCUCCCCGAGUUUUACCUGUUGUCCCGUAAGCCCCGCCCUUUACAUAAUCCCAUGCCUUUCCCUUAAUCUUCACUCACUUGUGCCUCUAACACCAGCAUACAUAGAAAUUGACCCUCCGUAAGACUCAUACCUGUUUUUGGCAAAUGACCAGUUCUCUUAAGACAUUACAAGCCAAAUUUCCAUGGAGUAUUUCAAAAGGAUCAUUAAUAAUAUGAACAGAAAUAUAGUAUUACAGGGAAAAGCACAUGUGACAUAUAUCAGGGUAUCUGGCCCAAAUUAUUCUUUAUCAGGUUUUGUAAACACUUACAAAAUUGUUCUUUGGUGGCCCUGAGUUCAUGGCCACUAUCUUACUGUUUGUUGUAAAUACAAUCCAUGACAAACAUCUAAGCACUGCUAUAAAAAAUAAUCUGCAUAUUUUGGUCCAAAUUAUGUUUGGUCGCAUUGUGAUUUAUUGAUUUUUAUGGAUGUACAUAAUAAAUGGAAAAUAUGGAAAUUGUGUAAUUCAUCAGAAGAGACACCGUGUGGCCAAUAGAUUCAGAGUUUUACAAUAAUAAAUGUUAAGUAUUGGGUCACUUGUGAUCUUCACAUUGGAGAGCAGUAAUGCGUUCAAGUUACUUUGACUUUGUCUUUACAUGCAGGAGACGCUGGAUACAUACAUGUGAUAGAAGUUAAAAUUUUAACAGCUUUGUAAUCAUUCAUUUGUGCAGUCCAUACAGGUGACAGAACUGCUUGUAUAGUGGAGUUCUGUAUGUGCGCAUUUACACACAUCAAGGGUCUUUUUUCUUCCUUCCUCUGUGUGUCUGUGCUUUUACUCUAUUUGCUUUGUUUUGUUUUUUUUAUAGUCAUGUUGUUCUAUUUAACAGAUUCCUGUUCACUGUCAGAUGUUAAAUAUUAUUUAUGAUCUUGUCUUGUGUCACAGUUGUGAAACGCCUGAUAAAUUAAUUGUAUCUGCCACAAAUCUAUCUGCUGUUUAUUCAGUUCUUCAGACAAAUAAUUCAGUGCUGAGCCAUAAUCCCACAGCAAUCUAUUAUUAAGAUUUCACACCAGUCAGGAUUUAUUUUUAGAUAACAAACAUUAAUAUGCUUAAUACAUGGAUUCGAAAUUGAUAUUGAUUUAUCAAUAUUAAUUUUAAAUAUGU